AUGGGUAGCACUGAGUGUGUACCGAACCCUCAUGCACCUGACCUGGAUGUCUGCGAGCUGACGGAAGAUGACCGUGAUCGACUUCAUGAACUUGGAUACCGAAGAAUACCCGGUGACAGGUGUACUGGCGGUUGGGAGCCCCCGAGACGGAAUCAGACUAUUACCCGGAAACUGCUGAACUGUCCAUCCAAGUUGGAUACUUAUCUGUCUGUCGGAUCGAAGGUUGUCGGCAUCUUCGUAGCGCUGACAGUAGCCGUCCUAUUCGUCCUUUUCCUCCUACGUUGGCGCUUUCGGGACUGUCAUACGCGUCGACAUACGAGUAUUUGUCCCAUCGACUGCAAACGCCUCAUGCGAUGGCCCCGUAAAGCAAACGUCUUUCACCACAUCUCCAACGGUGACGGGCUGGCUAACGAGGGCAUUGCAACCAUCUCCUUCAGCCGACCUCCUACCGCCACCUUGGUUGACAUGAACUCCACAUUCACUGAGGCAUCUGUAAGAGCCUCCCCGAAACCAGGGAUGAUGACCAGUGUGCUGCAGCAGAUGUCACUUCGAAGCAAAAGGAAAGCGGAGGAUAAGCGUGGUCUUUUGGGGGAAGAAAACAUGCCCGGAAUGUUGACUCCUCCAGAGGACAAUGAGGGACCUUUCUGA